GGCUUUGCAGGUCGACAUUCUAUCGCUGUCUGUGUCUCCCACGCGAAGUUGGCUGCCUCUUCCCGUGAUUACGAGGCUCUCGAAGUGAGUAGUCUUGCCUUGGAGGAAAAUCAGCUCAAGCCUGGUGGGAGGUUUGGAGUGAGGACUCUGUCUUUGAAGCUUCCCAGGCGCAGUGUCAAACGGACCAAACUCAGACUCUGAGGUACGAGGAGGCCAUCUUGUCUGUGGCUGGUGUGGCUCUGGACUACGUUUCCCACAGUGCACAGCGGCCCAACGUUACGUCUCUCUUGACGUCGUGGCGAGAUUGUUAGCUCCGCAGGGACCCGGACGCGACCAAGGGGAGGCAGAAGGACUCUGCACUUGUCCAAGAGAAGAAUCUAGAGAAAUCGGAGCAGCUCAGGGAGUUCUAAAAGCCAUGGCACAAGGACUGGUGACAUUCAGGGAUGUGGCCAUAGAGUUCUCUCAGGAAGAAUGGAAGUGCCUGGAACCUGCCCAGAGAGACUUGUACAGGGAUGUGACUUUGGAGAACUUCGGUAACUUGGUCUCACUAGGACUUUCCAUUUCUAAGCCUGAUGUCAUUUCCUUGUUGGAGCAAGGGAAGGAACCCUGGGUGAUUGCAGCUGAUAUGCCAGGACCGUGGUGCCCAGACUUGGAGUCCAGGUGUGAGAAAUUUCCACAAAAAGAUAUUUUUGAAGUAGAGUCAUUCAGUUGGGAGCUAAUGGAAAGCCUUAAGUGCUGUGGUUUUGAGGGCUCCGGUUUUAGAGAUGACUGGGAAUACAGUGGCCAGUUUGAAAGACAACAAGUAAACCUGGAGUGCUGUUUCAAGCAAGUGGAAAUCACGUAUGAAAACGUGCCCACUUUUGAGCAUUAUACGUCCCUCACUCUGCAUCAGAACAAUGAGACUGGUGAGAAACUGAUUGAAUGUAAUGAAUGUGGGAAAGCGUUUAGCCGUGGCUCACACCUUAUUCAACAUCAGAAAACUCAUACUGGUGAAAAACCCUUUGAAUGUAAGGAAUGUGGAAGGGCCUUUAGUCGUGCCUCACACCUUGUUCAACAUGAGAGAAUUCAUACAGGUGAGAAACCUUAUGACUGUAAGGAAUGUGGGAAGGCCUUUGGUCGUACUUCAGAACUUAUUCUACAUCAGAGACUUCAUACUGGUGUCAAACCCUAUGAAUGUAAAGAAUGUGGAAAGACCUUUAGACAGCAUUCACAACUUAUUCUGCAUCAAAGAACUCAUACAGGUGAGAAACCCUAUGUAUGUAAAGAUUGUGGGAAAGCUUUUAUUCGUGGCUCACAACUUACCGUUCAUCGGAGAAUUCAUACAGGUGCUAGACCCUAUCAGUGUAAGGAAUGUGGGAAGGCCUUUCGACAGCAUUCACAACUUACUGUACAUCAGAGAAUUCAUACUGGUGAGAAGCCCUAUGAAUGUAAGGAAUGUGGAAAGGGCUUUAUUCAUAGUUCAGAAGUUACUCGACAUCAAAGAAUUCAUUCUGGGGAGAAGCCCUAUGAAUGUAAGGAAUGUGGGAAAGCCUUUAGACAGCAUGCACAGCUUACUCGACAUCAGAGAGUCCAUACUGGUGACAGACCCUAUGAAUGUAAGGACUGUGGGAAGGCCUUUAGUCGUAGUUCAUACCUUAUUCAACAUCAAAGAAUUCAUACAGGUGACAAGCCCUACGAAUGUAAGGAAUGUGGGAAAGCCUUUAUUCGUGUUUCACAGUUGACUCAUCAUCAGCGAGUUCAUACUUGUGAGAAACCCUAUCAAUGUAGGGAGUGUGGAAUGGCCUUUAUUCGUAGUUCACAACUUACUGAACAUCAGAGAAUUCAUCCCGGUAUCAAACCUUAUGAAUGUCGAGAAUGUGGGCAGGCCUUUAUUCUUGGCUCCCAGCUCAUUGAACACUACAGAAUCCAUACUGGUUAGAAAGCCUGGCACAUUAGGGAUGUAGGAAAGCCUUUAUGUGAAGUUCACACCUGACUCAAUAUUAGAUAAUGCAUAAUGUAAUUAAUGUCAGAAAACCUUCAUUUGUCACUUCCAUUAUGAAACAUCAGAUAACUCAUACCAGAAGAAAAUUCAAUAAAUGUGGAAUUCUUUUUGCUUCACACUUAAUGUUUACUAAGCAUCAGAGAACUUAUGCUGAAAACAAAUUAAUAUGAAUGUAAAAAGUCUUUUAUUACCACUCAAAAUGUGCUCAACUU